ACUCCUUUCUAAGCAUUCUACACUCACAAUUUCUUGAAAUGGGGGUUUUCAUUGUUGCUGCUAUCUUCUUCAUGCAAAUCUAUAUCACCGGAGCCAAGGUUCCGGCGGUGAUUGUGUUCGGAGAUUCCUCUGUAGAUGCCGGAAACAACAAUCAACUUCAAACGGUUUUGAAGAGCAAUUUCCGGCCUUACGGACGUGAUUUCUUCGGCGGAAAGGCUACCGGAAGAUUUUCCAAUGGACGUGUUCCGCCUGAUUUUAUAUCGGAGUCGUAUGGUCUGCGGCCGUAUGUGCCGGCGUACUUGGAUCCGGCGUAUAACAUAUCGGAUUUUGCUACCGGAGUUUGUUUUGCUUCUGCUGGCACAGGUUACGACAAUGCUACUUCCGAUGUGCUUUCAGUGAUACCUCUGUGGAGGGAGGUAGAGUACUACAAGGACUACCAAUCAAAACUUCGAGCUCAUUUAGGCGUCGAAAAAGCCAACACUGUUAUAUCCGAAGCAGUGUACCUUAUAAGCAUGGGUACAAACGACUUUCUUGAGAACUACUACUCGCUUCCCAACCGAAAAUCACAAUACAACGUUACUCAAUAUCAAAAUUUCCUUGCCAACAUUGCCGAGUGGCUAAUAAAAGACCUUUAUGCCCUCGGUGCUAGAAAAAUUUCCUUGGGAGGCCUUCCUCCCAUGGGUUGUUUGCCAUUAGAGCGAACAACCAGCUUUUUUGCAGGAAAUGGAGAUACAUGUAAGGAUGAGUAUAACAAGGUGGCGUUGGUGUUUAAUGAGAAGUUGAAUGGGUUGGUGGAGAGGUUGAAUGAUGAGCUUUCUGGGGCUAAAAUCGUCUUUUCCAAUCCGUAUGCUAUUUUUCAGCAAAUUGUCCGAAAACCAUCCACUUUUGGAUUUGAGACAGCAGCUGUGGCAUGUUGUGCGACAGGAUUCUUUGAGAUGGGAUAUAUGUGUGAUCAAUACAAUCCGUUUACGUGUUCGGAUGCAAGCAAAUUUGUAUUUUGGGAUUCUUUUCAUCCAACUGAAAAAACCAAUCGUAUUAUCUCCCAACAUUUGUUUAAAACUGUUCUUUCUAAAUUCUCUUCGUAACUUUUGGUGAUAUAUAAAUAAAAAACCAGAAAGGAAGAUAUGAAUUUGGAAUUUGUGUGGUAUGUUCUAUUAUUUAUACUUGUUGUAUUUCGAAUCAGAGGUUACGUAUGAUGUAUAAAGAGGUUUUAUGUUGUUGA